AUGGCGCCAACAGCCUGGCAGGAGGCAAUGGCAGCUCCAGCCGGAGGGAUCGCUGGAGCAAGCGCGCUAGCCCAGAGGUCUUUGCAGGAGCAGGCAGGCAUUGAGCUUGAGACGGCUCGCGCAGAGGGCGUGGUCAGAGAUCUCGAAGUAGCACAGAACCAGACUCGAGAGGACACAAAGGCGCAAGCAGAGAAGCAGGACGAGGAGCAGGAUGCGCCAGCCAAGGACACAAAGGCGCAAGCAGAGAAGCAGGACGAGGAGCAGGAUGCGCCAGCCAAGGACACACUGGCGCGAGCAGAGAAGCAGGGCGAGGAGCAGGAUGAGCCGGCCGAGAUUCAGGCCGGACCAGUUGAGCAAGACAAUGAGGGCACGCCUGAGAGGCGCCACCGGCAGAGGGAGAAGGAUACGCCAGAGAAGGAACAGCUCCCGGUGUACGCGAAGCGUUUGCGAUCCAAAACCACUGUGGAGAUUGUGGUUCCUGUGGCAGUGCAGCAGUCUUUGGCUGAUGCUCUUGUGUGGGCUGAGUCCGCACAGGGGAACCCGAGCCGUACUGCAUGGUCGAAGGACCAAGUCGACCGGUGUCGACUUUGCCACAUCGGUCGGCAUCGCGCACGGUGGAUCACCCGCGUGAGUGGCCGGGGCAAGAUCCGCACCGCAGGUGCGGUCUGCUGGCAGCACUUCAACGUGGUGCUUGUAAGGAUUCAACCCUUCAACGUUUACAAUUGUGCCAAGAAUGGAGCCAAGGUUACGGAAGCUGAUCGGGCCUUGCUCGGCACAGAUGACGGGCAGCCUUGCCUCAAGUACCUGUUGGUGGACGUGUCCCGAUUACUGGGCGCCGACUUGCCAGAUGCUGCAGCUGCUGCUACUACCUCAGCAACCAGCUCAGCAGCAAGGGCAACGGGAACUGGCCAGCUGGUGGUGUCGGCAGCCACAGGCCACGGAGAGAAUCCUUCUGAACCUUCUGCAGGAGAUGCGGGUGGGGCUUGCGAGGAAGAGCCUCCAGAGCGACGAAAAGCUCCUGGGCAUACUGUUUCAGAGUGGGCGCCGCGCACCUUCCGAGCAAAGAGCCAGCAGCUUGCGGACAAUGUCCUGGGCUCUUGCGCUACACAAGAAGAUGCUGCGAAGCUGCUGUCAGCGGUGCUGCAGCGUGUCGAACGUGCUUACCCCGGCGUGAUGUCGGAAGUGUUGCAAGAGACGGACAAGGACUGUCACUGCUCACCCUUAGUAGCCAACGUCAAAGAGAUGCGGGAAGCGUGGAAGAGUGUUAACAUGCCUGUGGCCAGGGCGUUGGAUGGCGUGGUCUUUAAGUCUGGCUUCACCAACAAGAAGUUGAUUUCCAUGGGGUACCUCACAGCUGGGCAACUCAGGCAGAGACUCAAGAUGUCUGUCAAGAAGUGGCACAUGAAGAAGGUGCAAGGCCGUUUGAAUUUCCGCCAAUUCCGCAAGAUCCACAAGACCUACUUCCCUGAAUACAAGCGUGCCCGGAAGAAAACCGACCUCUGUGACCAUUGCGUUUCCUACACCAAGAAAAUCUUGCCGAGAGCUAGAGAUUUCAUGCAGCGCGUCCAGAAAGACAUGGAAGAGGUUUGCCCCAACUAUUGGCAUCCUGUACUCAGAAGGGCAAAGUUCAAGUCCUUGUUCACGAGCUUGGACACUUCGUCCUCCUUGACCUUGGUGCAAGAUGUCCUUGGAACUUUGCAUGAGCGCUGCUUUGCCAACCUUCGGGCAGCUUCACCGAGGCCAGAGAGCAUCCGGCACGUAGAAGGCGCUUUGCUGACUGAAGCCAAGCUGCACUCUCAGAUUGUUGCUGCGUAUGAAUGGCACCAAGCUGCUGCGCAAGUGGAGCAAAGCAACAUGAGGAACUUGGUUGAGAAUUUGGGGCCCAACCGAGCUUACUGCCAUUUUGACUUCAUGGAAAAACUUCCGAUUCCGAUCAGCGGCUCUGAAACGAGCGACCAGUUUCAUGGAAGUCAAAGAAAGACACUCAGUGUCUUCACCAUGUACGCAGUGCAACGAAAUGCGGCAGGCCAGAAAACCGUCCUGGCAGUGGUCCUUGUCAGUGAGAUUAUUGAGCUCAGCGCACUAUUUGGGAGCUUGUGCGUUCUGGAGUGCUUGAAACACAUUGAGAAUGUGGGAUCCUUGGAGGAACUGAUCCUUGGGUUUGACGCGGGGACGCACUUCCGAUCUUACGAGAAUUUGUAUUACUUUUUGCACAAGCUGGCAGCGGAGAAGAAGCAGAAAUGCCGGGUGAAUUUCCUCGUCGAGAAGCACGGGAAAUCUAUGUGUGACAGCGAGGUUUUCUCGCCGAUUCGGCGCUGGCUGGAUGAGUUCCUCCUCAACGCAGAAGCCUUUUGCGACACGGAGGAUGCCGUUGUGAAAGUGCUGCUACAGUACGCCAAAAGGGAAAUGAAGCAAAACCCUGGUGGCACAAAGUUUGACAUCCACAUCUUCGCUCCGCCAAAGCCGCGAAAAACCUGGGCCCUGAACUUUGACGAAGACUUGAUCACGCGGUCCUACUCCUGGGAGGCAGUGCCAAGCGGAAAUGCCCGGUUUCCAGUGCGGAUCUCAAACUGCUUGUUCAGCUCCUUGACUGAAAUUCGCGCUUUCUUCUAUAAGGUUUCUGCGAUCUUAAGCUGUUGUGCAACCAUUCCAGGCAACAGCAGCCUCCGGCAUCGAGUGUGCUACCAGGUUGUCGAAAGAAAGAUUGACGCUGAGCACCUCGAAUGGAAGCGUGGCUUCUGGCAGGAUCCGACUUGGCGCAAGCCAGCGUUGCCACUGGGACAAUGCAAUGAAAUCUUGCGAAAGCAUCGCAGUCAGAUGGCCAUGUUUCGUGGCAACCUCCCGGCCAAGAAGGACUUGGCAUUUGAUGAGCUUGUGGCCCGCGACGAAAACCGUCUCGCGAAGGCAAACGCUCGCAGCAAGCGCAAGCGCGCGGCAGCCAUCGCCAAUGAUGCUAUGGAGUCUGCUGACGAACUGAGCCGGGCGGGCGCGGGCGCGGCGGACGCGGGCGCGGGCGCGAUGUGCGCGGCGGGCGUGGGCGCGGACCCGGUGGGUGCGGCAGCGGGCGCGGCGGGCGCGGCGGCGGCGCGUUGGGCCGGGCGCGCCCCGCGCGGCGAGCGCGGCGAGCGCGGCGGGCGCGGCGGGCGUGGGCGCGGCGGGGCGGCGGGCGCGGCGCGCGCGGCAGGCGCGGCGGGCGCGGCGGGCGCGGGCGGGCACUGGCGCGGCGGGCGCGGCGGGCGCGGGCGCGGCGCGGGCCCGGGCGCGGCGGGCGUGGCGGGCGCGGCGGGCGUGGCGGGCGCGGCGGGCGUGGCGAGCGGGGGGCGCGGCGCGCGGCGAGCGCGGCGGGCGCGGCGGGUUGCGCGGUGCGACGGGCGCGGCGGGCCCGGCGGGCGCGGCGAGCGCGGCGGCGCGGCAUGCGCGGCAGCGCGGCGGGCGCGACGGGCGCGGCGGGCGCCGGUGGCUCGGCGGCGCGGCGAGCGCGGCGAGCGUGGCGAGGCGCGGCGUGCGCACGGUACGCGGGCGCAGCGGGCGCGGGCGCGGUGCAGCGACCGCGGGCACGGGCGCGGCGAGCGCAGCGUUCGCGACGGGCACGAUGGGCACGGCGGCACGGCAGGCGCGGCGGGCGCGGCGGGCGCGGCGGCGCGGCUUGCUCGGCGAGCGCGGCGGCCGCGGCGAGCGCGGCGGGCGCGGCGGGCGCGGCGAGCGCGGCGGGCACGGCGGGCGCGGCGGGCCUUCUCCUAUGUCGGUGCUGCCACCAGGGUCGGGGAAGUGCGCGUGUAUAGCGGGGUGCACUUCGCGCCGGCAGAAGGAAGCACGCCUGGAGUCAUGGAGGCGCAGGAGGACGCGCCGCUGCAAGCCUGGCUGCGCCUGUACUCGGCUCGCCGGCUGGCAGCGCUGGAAGACCCUCAGGUGCUGGCUCGCAGCUUUGCUGAGUUGGAGACAGCGCUCGCGUGCCGAACAGCACAGCUGCGCAGCCUCUUCCUUCUGGCGCCCCUGCCAGUAGCUCCAGAGGAGGGCUGCGCAACUUGGACGAGAUCUUGGAGACAGACAUGGGCUCCUGCUGGCUUUGAGUGUGGUCCUCAAGCGAGCGUAAGCGAGCUGGCCUUCACCAAAGAUGUAGCUAGGCGCGCCAGGACAAUGGCAGAGGAAAUGGAUGCUUUUCGGGACCAGAUUGACGAGGCCUUCGGCUGGAAAGGCAAAGUGCUGGAGGACGACGUUCUCAUGCAGCGAGCCGCUGCGCAGGUGACCUUAUUGCUGCUGCACGCAUCCCCAGAUGAUGUGCGCAGUGAACUGCUCCACACCAAGAUCUUCGCUCUUCUUCUUGGCGAACAGUACCGGUCCCACGCCGGCAAGCUCUUCGAGUUCCUGAACGGCGCCUUUGUGCAGUCCUUCCACAACACCAUUUCAUCUUGCCACUUGGACUUCUUGCUCGGCGCGCUGAGAAGGGCUCAAGCGUAUUACUUGGUCUUUGGCAAGCUAGAGGACCCGCCAGCGCGCAAGCUCGAGAAUGCGAUCUUUGAGGUGCGUGUCAUACUGAGCACAGGCGAGGAGCAAACGCUCCUUGAGUGGCAGAUGACUGAUCUGCUUGGGCGUAAAGCUGAGAUGAAGGCCAAGUUGUGGUUCUACGGCUUGAGUGAACUCUGUCGAGAUCUUCGGCGCCAGUUUAGCGAGCACAACAAGAACAUGGUGAAGAAUUUCCACCGCUGGGCGGAGAGCAGCUACGACGCCUGCAAGCAGCCGGGUGUUGCGUUCCAGGAUGCUUACAUCUCCACGGCAGAUGGUGACAUCAAGCAGCUCCGAAAGGAUCCGCGGCACGGGUGCUACGUGCAGGUCUCGCACCAAAUCGUGUUCAGGCCAUCAGACGUGAGUCGGCGCCGGCUGGCCUCUAUGCUUCUGGCGUCUUUCUCUGGCGGUGAUGGCUUGGAGAGGCUCCUUGCGCAGAGUGCUCUUGCUCUUUCCGGGAUGCGCCAGCCGGACGUCAUGAACGUCUUUUUUGGCGCAGGCAUGGAAGGCAAGAGCCUGAUCCUGGUCGAUCUCAUGGCAGCGUGCUGGGGAAGUGGAUUUGGCAAUCCUCCGGGCACUAUGCUCCAAGUUGAGCGGGAGUUUCAGCAACAGGGGCUGAAAUACUUGCAUUGCGCCAUGCUGACAUUUGACGAGUGCCGUCGAGACCAGGGUAUUGUUGAGGACGUUGUGAAGUUGUUCAUUGGCAACGGCAUCUUGCCUCUGCGGCGGAACCAUGAGGCUGAAACCAAGGAUGGCUCCUAUGCCUACUGCGGCAAGAACUGGUGCAUGAACUUGGGCGAUGUGCCUGCCAUUCCAACGGCAUUGGAGAGGUCGCAUUCCCGCCGGUUUCGAGGCGUCUUCAUGCGCGCCAGCAUGACAACGCAGGUGGAGUCUGUGGAUGUAGCCUCCAAGAAGUUCUUGGCCGACGAAGACGCAAAGGGCUUCAUGUCUUCAGGCGAUGCUGUCUGGUCCUUCUUCCAAGACUUCUUGUUCAAGUACAUGCGGCAGAGUGGCCCACGCCAGUGGUACAGGGAUCUCGACUACGUCAAGCCGGGUUCGCAGACGGAGAAGGACACUGCUUGGCUCUUGCAGAAGAUGGCCCGCGUGACCACCGCAGCACAUCCUGACGCGCCUGGUGAUGCUCCAGCGCCUCUUGGGGCCGGCCUGGAAGAGCGAGCUGAGUCUCGCGCCGUCCGGAUAGUGCAGGAAACGCACGCCGCCUUGACCUCUUCUGCGCUGACAGCCCACUCGGUGAACAGAUGCAGCCACGUGCAGGCCAACCCCGGCGGAGAUGGCAGCAAGUCAUCGAAGCACAGAAGCCGUGCAGAGUUCCUACAGGAUGCAAUUGGGGAGUUUCCCUAUCUGCUACGACGGGCCCCAGAAGAUCGCAGAGGCAGUGUGAAGUUUCUUCGCCGGCCCGUGGAUGUAGGGAAGAUGAUGGCUGUUCUGGAAGAGGCAGGUUGUUGCGCGGGGGUGUUGAUUCGGAAGGGCAUCGUGAGUGUUGGCGCUUAA